CGCCUGGCUCGUGUUGCGGUGUCGGGGUCGCGAGAAGCUUUUCUCUCCAUCUCUGUUCAAUUGGAGCAGGACUCGCGGUUUGCACGAGAGAGCUACGCAACGCGCUGACUGUGCGUGAAGUUGCGGAUCGGUCGAUGUUUGAAAGCGAGGAGGGGGAUAACAGACUGACAGAGCAGGGGGGGGAGCGCCAACACAUCUUGUCCCCAUAUCACCAGCGUCCGAUACACUCUCCGGUGCUCGUUUAACGGACAGCCAGGAGAUGGCUAGCCCCACAGCAGGUCGAGAAGUCCCGGAUGCUUCACCGCAGGACGAGCCGGAGGCGUCGGCUCAGCCCCAUCCCCAACCAGCCUGUCUGGAGGCUCAGAAAUGGAUAGAGGCUGUAACAGGGAAGAGCUUUGGAGAAAAGGACUUCCGCAGUGGACUGGAGAACGGCAUCCUGUUAUGCGAGCUGCUGAGUGAGAUCAAACCAGGGCUGGUCAAGAAGAUCAACAGACUGCCCACCCCCAUCGCUGGCCUGGACAACCUGUCUGUCUUCCUGCGGGGCUGUGAGGAGUUGGGCCUGAGGGGCUCCCAGCUGUUCGACCCCGGGGACUUGCAGGACACUUCCAUACGAGCUAACCUCAAGGACUCUGACUGCAACCGCAAACUCAAAAAUGUGCUGAACACUCUGUUCUGGCUGGGGAAGGCUGCCAGCGGCUGCGCCUCCUACAGCGGACCUACUCUCAACCUCAAGGAGUUUGAAGUGCUUCUGGCUCAAAUGAGGCUGGAAAGUGAUGAAAGUGGUGACGGUUCACAGAAGCGCAGUGUGAGGGACAGCGGCUACGACUGCUGGGACUCUGAGAGAAGUGACUCUCUCUCUCCACCACAACACACUCGUGACAACUCCCUAGACAGUCUGGACUCCAUUGGCUCUCGCUCACAGCACAGCCCUUCUCCUGAUGUGGUGAAUCGAGGCAACAGUGAUGGACGAGGCAGCGACUCGGAUGCUGAUGCCCCCAGCAGGAGGCCAGAUGUGAGGAAGGAUGACAUGUUGGCCAGACGGAGGCCAGCAGUGAAUCAAGAAGCUUCGUUCCCUUUAACCAGUUUCUUCCCAACCGAACCAACACCAGCUGCUACAUCCCCGCUCCACGCCGAAAAAACACAUACAGAGGAAGGAGAUCAGCGGAGCAGCAUCGUUACCGUGGCAGCAGAACCUCAGGCUUCGCUCUCCAGAGCCUCGACCCUCCUUAAGUGUGCCGGGCUGAGGGAGAGGCAGGGGGCGGAUGGAAGGCAAGAGGGACACAUGACGACCCCUAAAACCUCUGUGACAGAUGUUACAAAGCCCCUCUCUACUCCGUCGUCCAGUUCUGCCACUUCCCUAACUUGUAAACUGGAUAAGUCAAGUGUAGAGGAGAGAGUGGAGGAGAGAAAGACAGAAAUGAACGAAAGAAAGAAACCAUUCUGGCUGGACGACGAUGAUCUGCCUCCCAUCAUGGUGAGCCGGCGAGUUGCUUUUAUGUCUGAGGACACUGAGACCGUGAGCAUGAGUGACAUACUUAACGAGGAAGAGGUGGGACACUUACCGCCGCUGAGCCAAUCACGAAACGAGCGCAUGCACGAGCAGUACAACAACUCUCAGGAGGACGACGACCCCUGGAGAAACGACUUGGCUCGCUGGAAGAAUCGGCGUCGCUGUGCGUCACAGGAUCUGAUCAAGAAGGAAGAAGAGAGGAAGAGGAUGGAGAAAAGGAUGAAGGAGGAGGGAAUUGACAGUAACAAGAGGAAAAGCAUUAAAACCUACAAAGAGAUCGUAGAGGAGAAGGAGCGCAGAGAGCUCGAGUUGUGUGAAGCCUACAGGAAUGCAGGGACUCCAGAAGAGGCUGCCAUGGUUUUACAGCGCUACGCUCUUCGCUUCACCAUCAGUGACGCAACACUGGACAGCUUAAAACUGCCCAGAUCCACCUCAAAUUCUAAACAGGAACAUAAUCAGGCGGACAAGGAGAACACAUUGACUCCCACUAUUGAUGAAACAUCAGAACCGCCGCACAAACCAGAACAACCUGUGAUAAAAGAGCAGAGGCACACAGAGCCUGAAGACAUGGAAACAAAAAUAACUCAACGAGAGACGUCAGUUUCGGUCUCCUCCAGCUCCGGGUCACCUGGCAGCCCCCUCAGCCCCGUCACAAUCUCAGAAAAUGUCCCCCCUCAGUCCCUUAAACUAAAUGAGCCUCGAGCCAAACCGACAGAGUCUCCAACCACUCCGCAAAAACCACCAGCUGCAGAAGAAACAAAGCCUCAUACCAAUCACGCUCGGCCUCAGAUUGUUCAGGUGCAGCCUCACACCACACAGCCCACAUACACACUCCCCUCCCCCCAACCUGUCUCCCCCCGACCCGUCCCCCUGCUGGCAGCCAAACCCUACUGCCAGCCCAGGAGCACACAGUCCGGACACAAACCCGUCAAGAUGGACGGGUUGGUGCGAGUAAAUGGAGAGGUGACUGAAGAUGUACCUUGUUCCACUCCACCUACCUCUGCUCUGCACUCGCCAUCAAAGGUCAAAGAUGUUCCCUCGGAGCAGAAGGAGGAAGAAGUUCCCUCCAAACAGACGGAGAAAGACGCUCCCUCAGAGAAGAUUUCCACUAAUCACGAGAAGGUGGAGCACACGCCUUCUCGGCAGAGAGAAAAGCCAACAUCGUGUUUAGGCUCUGCCAUCAGCUCCCUGAUUGGAGGCAGAAACUGUACCACCACCACCACUAUUGUGACGGAGCUCACACAUACGGAGCCACAUCACCCAGAUAUCCACAGCAAUGGACAGGCAAUAUCACAGGUCAACGGUACUUCUUGGUUAUCCAGUCCAGUGGAGGAGAACAAGUCUCAGUCGGCUACAUCAUCCUACAGCAUGCAGGAUUAUUCUCCCACUGUCACAGAGGGGCUUGAGGAGAGCAGUGUGACUAUUGAGACCCCCAUGUUGAACUUGGCUAAACGUGUUAAUCACUGGGUCUGGGACCCCAAUGAGGAACGUAAACGCCUGGAAAGUUGGCAACAGGAGCAGGAGCGCCUCCUUCAGGAGCAAUACCAGAAAGAACAGAAGAAGCUGAAGCAGGAGUGGGAGAAAGCUCAGCUGGAGGUGCAGGAGGAGGAGAGAAAACACAACGAAGAGGAGAGAAAGAUCCUAGAGGAGACGGUGACACCUUUAAAUCCCACCGGCUUGUUAAACCAGCAGCCGGUCCAGACAGGGACGACUUCAUCAGCGACAGAAAACAACGCGGCAGAAGGAGGAAACGUUCCUCCACAGCAAAACGGCCAAAGAAGGGAAGCGACCGACGACCAGCAUGAAUCCAAGCUGCAUUUUUUCCAGGAUUCUCCAUGUGAUGGCGAGCCUUCAAAGAAACAGGAACUGUGGAAGACGGCCUCUCUGGACCGCAAACCUCAGCUAAACCAGUCACAGUUUGUUAAAAGGUCUGAAUCACAUGAUGCUGUAACAAGCAAGCCUCCCCCCACAUCACCUCAGCCCCCCUCACCCACCAGGUGUGUGAGUGGGAGGAGACUCUGUUCUGGUUGUUCUCAACCGCUGGGCAAAGGAGCCGCCAUGAUCAUCGAUACACUCGGGCUGUUUUUCCACGUACAGUGUUUUAAGUGUGCAGUGUGUGAAGGCCAGCUGGGUGACGCCACUGUAGGAACUGAUGUCCGUAUUCGUAACGGACUGCUGAGCUGUCAUGAGUGCUAUAUCGCAUCUCGAGGCAGAGGUCAGCCCACCACACUAUGAUGACCUGGAUGUGACCUGGAACCCCUCACUAUCCCUGUCAGUGAUUUUGGACUUUCUGGAAUAGUCCUGAAAUGCACAAACAGCUUUAUGGAUGUCACUGAGAGCAAACACUGGACUGACAUAUGGACUGGGUUACAAAACCUCACACACACAUACAGUACACAGUGUGUGUGAUUAAUAACUGAACACGUGCAUACACUUUACUUAAUAUGUGUAGCAUGGAUGUAAUCAAGAAAUCAGUGUAUUUUGACAUGAAGCACAUCCAUAUAUAGCACAGUUAAGAUAUGGCAUUACAUUUGUCCAUCAUUCCUAAAGCCAGCAAGGGGAGAUUUGCAGCACAGAAAUACAUAAAGCACAUAAACUAUAUUUUGAAAACAAAUUAUAUGAAAGAAUAAGUUAUUUCCUUAGAUUUCAUUUCAUCUCCAAUCACAAUGCUUCCGUAAGAAUAAGAUAGGGAGUGAUUUUACAUUUCAAGCCACCAGCCAUGACCUCAUCGAAUUAUGAAAACGGCAAAGCGAACUGAGUGAGUGAGUUAUCAGUGCACGUUUAUAUGGAUAAAAGAAGACAUGCUAAUUCAUUUAUUGAGCAAAUAAUAGAUGGUAAAAAAUAACUCUUUCAGUCUUGCAUUUGUGUAUAAUUUUCAUUGCUCUAAAUCUCCAAGUGCUCGACCAGAAAUGAGGCAAAAACUGCAUUUUAUAGACGCUAACAUAAGGAUCUGUUUUGUCACAAGCUCACAUGUGAUGCUAGAAGCUGAAACAGUCUCAAAUUCCUGAUUCAUCAACUCUGCUUCUGCACUGAUCAAGUGACUGGAUUACCUGAAGUAGCUUGACCAUUAUAAUGCCUUACUCAUCAUAAUACUUUCUCAUUCUUUUUUGUGUUUUGUGUUUACAGUUUUGCAUGAAAGAAGAACAUUAUAUAAGUUAUUGUGAGUAUUGCUCAGAUGGAGUAGUGUGAGUUUGACGUUGUUAUCAUCUCAACAGCUGAACUUUGACUUUCCUCUUGUAUGUUGUACAUCAUCAUGAUAUUUUGUAAUUGCUUUGGGAAUCUGGCAAACUUACACAACCUUUUUUUCUCUUUAUAAUUAAUUUUACAGGAAUGAGAAUGCAUGUUAAUAAUUAUAUAAUUGUUGUUCUUUGGAUUUUUAAAUAUUUUCCCUUUAGGAUGUUUUAGCCAUUGUUUAUUCUCAUAGACUGACUGCAUCUGAAUCAGUGCCUUAUGUAAUGAAUGCGAGGGUUUGGGUAUGUGCCGGAGUGAUUCACACUCACACCGACCACUUGGUCUCAGCACAUUGUGUGUUUGUCUGUGUGUGUGUGUGUUUGUAUGAAAUAAUGCAUGUAUAGAUUUGAAUGUGAUGUCUGUUUUGACUUGGAGCACAGUUCCAUACCAGCAAAAAACAUUUUAAAAGGAUCUCCCAAUCACCUGCUGUUCUCUUCCAUAUCCUCCCAUGAGCUAAACCAAUGACACAAAGUGAUUUGCUGCUUCCCUGUUAAUAAUUCUCCCGUAUAAUGACAGUUUCACAAAGCCCUAUAAUCUCUCCUCAUCUGCCUCUAUCACAAGUGUUGCCUCCCCAGAGUCUGAGCUGAACGCCUCUCUCCUCUGUGUGUCUCUGAACAGCUGACAGCGUCUUCAUCACUCAGAGGAAGAGAGCGCUCAGUUCUUUUAUAGCAAGUGUAUGUUUAUCAAUAAAAUAUUUUAAAUGGGA